GAAACAAAACAAACAAAAUAUUUCAACAAACUGUUGAGUGAGAUUAUACUGAAGUCAAGUUUUCUUUGCUUCAUCGUUACGCGGACGUUUCGGUAUGGCUCCGGUUGACGGUCCCGGUUUUUGCGUAUCGUUGUUGCUGGCGUUGUUAUUGUUGGUUUCCAUAUCAGGAGGUUUACGUUGGCAAGAAAAAGAACAGAAAUUAAUUGUGUGGCGAAAGAAGAUGGCUUGGCGUUCUGUAGGAGCCAACAAUGCCGACCUUAUACGACAAUUAAAAGACUACGGAGUUAUAAGUACUCAAGCGGUCGCAAUUGCUAUGACUAAUACAGAUCGUCGAUUUUAUGCUCCUCACAAUCCAUAUAUGGACGCACCUCAAAGUAUUGGUCACGGCGUAACGAUUAGUGCACCUCAUAUGCAUGCUUUUGCAAUGGAAUAUUUGCGGGAUCGUAUGAUACCUGGUAGUCAUGUCUUGGAUGUAGGCUCAGGAUCAGGUUAUCUAACUGCUUGCUUUUGGCGUUAUAUACAAGCUCAAGGGGAGAAUAAUAGUACAAAAGUAGUUGGAGUAGAACAUAAUCCAGCUUUAGUCACACUUAGCAAGCGAAAUCUCGAUGCUGAUGAUUCAGAGAUGUUAAAAUCGGGAAGUUUAGUUAUUAUUGAGGGUGACGGUCGCAAUGGAUACCCAGAGUUUGCACCUUAUACUGCUAUACAUGUAGGAGCUGCUGCUGCUGUAACACCUCAACCAUUACUUGAUCAAUUGGAAAAGGGCGGACGAAUGGUUGUACCUGUUGGGCCUGAGGGAGGAGAACAAUAUAUGAUGCAGUAUGACAAAAAGCAAGACGGAACAGUUAAAGAAACCAGAUUAAUGGGUGUCAUGUAUGUUCCAUUAACUGAUCUACAUCGUUCGUGACUUUAUUUAAGUUUGAAAAUAAUGAUUUCAAUACUAUUGUUUGGCAUUGUAGCAUACCGGCUUUGGGUUUGGCUGAGCUAAAUCAACUACAAUUCAUUAAUUAUAAUUCUAUACUGAAUAAUCUAAAUAUGUAGCUUUUUUCCGUCAUAUAAAGAAAAAAUUUAAUAAAAAGCAGCGAAUAUGUUAUCUC